AUGGGAUGUGCUUCGCAAAGCAAAGCUGCUCUUGCGUGCAUGCUCAUGGCUUCGCUCCUCCGACUGGCGGUCAUAUUGCUGACCGUAGCCAGCGCGUCUCUCCUUCACACGACUACGGCGGACCUCCUGCUGAGGCCAGAGCGCGUGCCUCGCGCGCAGUUCCGCAUUCGCUGCAACUUCAGCCACGCGCUGAGGGACGACCCCAUCGUCUUCCCUGGGCAGCCCGGGAAGUCCCACCUGCACGACUUCCUCGGCAGCACGAUCACCAAAGCCGACACCACCGAUGCCAGGAAGUUGGUGGGCAGCAAGACAACGUGCGGGCUGAAGGCGGACUCAGCGGCGUACUGGUUCCCGUCCAUGUUCAUGCGCACCAACCAGAAGGACGCCAAGGGCCAGUACAUCUACAAGCACUUAAAGCCCAACUGGACGCUCUUCUAUUACCGCACGUCCGUCAAGAAUCCGGAAACCAUCCAGCCCUUCCCGCGGGGCUUCCGCAUGAUCACAGGCAACCCGUUCGCAGGCAAUAAGCAAGCCAACGACAUGGCGAAUGUGGAAUGGUGGUGCGGCGCGCGCGGUAAGCACGGUAACGACUUCCCGCACCAGAAGUGCCCUGCGGGUGACCAGCUGAUCGGCAAGAUCAACUUCCCCGUCUGCUGGGACGGCAAGAACAUCGACAGCCCGGAUCACCGCAGCCACGUGGUCCACAUCCCGCUCAACACCACGUGCCCGUCGUCGCACCCCGUGCCGCUGCCGCGCAUCAGCAUCAAAGUGUACUACCCCGUCGACACGGACCUCGACCUCACGUGGCCCGAGAACGGCGUCAAGGGCAACCCCGCUGUGUUCCUCUCCACCAUACAGAGCGGCGGCACGGGCAGCCCUUUCGAGUAUCACAGCGACUUUAUCAACGGAGAGGAUGAGCAGAGCAAUGAUCAGCUGGGCGGGGAUCUGCCUCAGGCGACCGAUCAGUCAGCGCAGUUGGCGGCGGAUCUGGCGGGGAACGGGUGGCGCAGCACGCGGCGCACGAAGCUGGUGUGCACCAUCGGGCCGGCGUGCUGCGGCUUCGAGCAGAUCGCGGCGCUCGCGGAGGGCGGCAUGAACGUCGCGCGCAUCAACAUGUGCCACGGCACGCACGCGUGGCAUCGGCAGGUGAUUCACGACAUCCGGCGGCUGAACAGGGAGCGCGGGUACAGCGUGGCGGUGAUGAUGGACACGGAGGGCAGCGAGAUCCACAUGAGCGACCUCCAGGGCGCGCCCUCCGCUAAAGUCGCGGAGGGCGACGUGUGGACGUUCACGGUGCGCAAGUUCCCAGAGGGCAUGGCGCUGCCGCCCAACACCGUGCACGUCAACUACGAUGGCUUCAUCGACGAUGUGAGGGAGGGCGACGAGUUGGUGGUGGAUGGGGGCAUGGCGCGGCUGCAGGUGACGGCGCGCAUGGGGCCGGACGUGGUGUGCUCUGUGCUGGACCCGGGGCUGCUGCUGCCACGCGCCAACCUCACCAUCUUCCGCACUGGCCAGCUCGUGCGCGCCACCAACACCAUGCUGCCCACCAUCUCCUCCAAGGACUGGAUAGACAUAGACUUCGGCAUAGCUGAGGGGGUGGAUUUCAUCGCCAUUUCCUUUGUGCGCUCCCCUGAAGUCAUCACGCACCUCCGCAGCUACGUCAACGCGCGCUCGCCCUCGCGCCCCAUAGCGCUGGUAGCCAAGAUAGAGAGUGUGGAGGCGGUGGGGCGGCUGGAGGAGAUCAUAGCGGCGUCGGACGGGGCGAUGGUGGCGCGGGGCGACCUGGGCGCGCAGGUGCCGCUGGAGGACGUGCCGGGCGUGCAGCAGGACAUGGUGGAUAUCUGCCGCGCGCUCAACAAGCCUGUCAUUGUCGCGUCGCACCUUCUGGAAUCCAUGAUAGAGUUCCCCAUCCCCACCCGCGCUGAGGUGGCGGACACGGCAGAGGCAGUGCACCAGCAGGCGGACGCGCUGAUGCUGUCAGGCGAGUCAGCCAUGGGGCAGUUCCCUCUGAAAGCCCUGGACGUGCUGCGCGCGGUGGCGCUGCGCUUUGAGGCCAUCGAGGAGGGGCACGGCGAGCACCAGGGCGCCCCAGGAGCAGCAGCCACGGACGGGCGCACCGCGGUGGAGCGCGUGGCGCUGCUGCCCGAGCUCUCACACAACCUCAGGGACCGCAUGUCGGAGCAGAUCUGCGCCGCUGCUGCUCAAAUGGCCAUGCGUCUGGGGGCAAAAGCAAUAAUCGCCUUCACCCAGAGGGGGUACAUGGCGUCGUUGCUCUCCCGCUGCCGCCCCAACUGCCCCAUCUUUGCCGUCACGCCCUCCCAGGCGGUGAGGCAGCACAUGAGUGUGUACUGGGGCCUCGUGCCCUUUCGCCUGGACCUGUCAGGCGACGCCGAGGGCAACAUGAGGCGCGCCUUCGCCGUGCUCAAGGCUCGGGGCCUGGCGGCGGAGGGGGAUCUCAUCAUCGCCGUGUCUGACAUGGCGGGCGCACACGAGGCCGUGGGGGCCAGGCAGAGCGUGCACGUCCGCAAGGUGCUGUGA